GUGAUAUGUUUAUUUGAAAACACAAUUUGUGUUAUAACUUUUUACUAUGAAAAUUUUUUGCAGACCAUCCACGUUAAAGUUAAGCAAUGGUCUUCAGAGGAACCUUGUAUUACCAGUGCCUACCUUAGCAAGUGGAAAUACUCCUUCACGUUUUAUAGGGAGAGAGCUGAGUUUGACGCCAAGGCUAGGCAGGGACAAAAAGUCGUUCCCAGCGGCACAGGAGGCAAGAGCCUCGAAGCUCAGGAGCAUCUUGCUGAAGGUAGGAGCAAAGGAAGGCAGACGAGGAAGGAGCAACUGGGGAGUGGGACGGAAAGGUACCAGGAGUUGGGUCACCGGGGAGGCUAGACCAGGAAGGAGCAUCUCGGAACCGAACGCUACCAGGAGAUGGGCCGCAAAGGAGGGCUGAGCACCGUCUACAAGUCCGGCGGCGAGCUGGCGGAGGAGGGUGUGGAGAUCGACGAGUCCAAGUUCCGAACCAGAGAUCGCUAGCUUGAUCCUCACUCCUCUUUCUAGCUAACUUCAUGCUUUUUGUUGUAGCAGUAGCAUGCAGCAGCAGUAGCAGUGGGUUUUCUUUGCUGUUCCUUCUCUAGGGCGUAUCCGGCCGGCUUCUCCGCCGCCGGAGCAGAGAAGUUUGCUUUGUAGUUUUGGUUUUGCCUCCGUUGGGGCGCCCCUCUGAAUGUUUCGAAUAAAACUAUACUAAUUAACCCGAUGUCUAAA